UUACUGUGAUUGGCUGCUUUUUGCAAGUACUACGCUGUACGCUCUCAUUCAGAGGAUUGAAGGUGAAAUUUGCUGUUCUGUAUGCAGUUUUCCAUCGCGAUUAUGACGUCCUGCGCACUUUACAGUACACGCACAAACCUGUGCAGACAUAUGGCACAUAAAUAUCUGAACAGGACCUACAGCACACGACCAUCUCUAAAUGAAGUUGUCAUCGUCAGUGCAGUCAGGACUCCUAUGGGCUCUUUCAAAGGAAGCCUUUCCACAGUCCCUGCAACUAAACUGGGUUCCAUUGCUAUUAAAGGAGCCGUCGAGAAAGCAGGAAUUCCUGUUGAAGAGGUGAAGGAAGUUUAUAUGGGCAAUGUGUUGCAGGCAGGAGAAGGACAAGCACCAACCAGGCAGGCUCUUCUGGGUGCAGGUCUCCCUCUAUCCACUCCGGCAACUACCAUCAAUAAAGUGUGUGCUUCCGGGAUGAAGUCCAUCAUGAUGGCUGCUCAGAGUCUCAUGUGUGGGCAUCAGGAUGUGAUGGUUGCUGGUGGAAUGGAAAGCAUGUCUCAGGUUCCUUAUGUUAUGGCUAGAGAAGCGCCCCCUUAUGGUGGUGUGAAGAUGGAGGAUCUGAUUGUUAAGGAUGGGUUGACGGACGUCUACAACAAAUUCCACAUGGGCAGCUGUGCUGAAAAUACAGCUAAGAACAGUGGUAUCUCCAGGGAGGAGCAGGACGCGUUUGCCAUAAACUCGUACAGCCGCAGCAAAGCAGCAUGGGAGUCUGGCAUCCUGGCCAAGGAAGUGGUUCCUGUGAGCAUUCCUCAGAAAGGAAAACCAGACAUCGUUGUGAAGGAAGAUGAAGAAUAUAAGAAGGUUGACUUCAGCAAAGUCCCCAAACUGAGGGCUGUGUUCCAGAAAGAGAACGGCACAGUGACGGCAGCCAACGCUAGUACGCUAAACGAUGGCGCGGCGGCUCUCGUGCUCAUGACCGCAGAUGCGGCAAAGAGACUCAACAUCACGCCGCUUGCAAAGAUCGUUGGUUUUGCUGAUGCUGCUGUCGCCCCCAUCGAUUUCCCUAUCGCUCCAGCCAUUGCCGUCCCCAAGGUCCUAAAAGCAGCUGGUGUGAAGAAAGAAGACAUUGCCAUGUGGGAGAUCAACGAGGCCUUCAGUGUUGUGGUGCUGGCCAACAUCAAGAUGUUAGACAUCGACCCCGACAAAGUCAAUAUCAACGGAGGAGCUGUUUCUCUUGGACAUCCAAUUGGAAUGUCGGGGGCGAGAAUCGUAGGACACAUGGUGCACAAUCUGAAAUCGGGACAGUACGGCCUGGCCGGAAUCUGCAAUGGAGGAGGUGGCGCCUCCUCUAUUCUGAUCCAGAAAUAUUAGGACUUGCACUUUAAUCUACAGAAUGCAUGUAGGAUUUGGUCCUUGUGCCAGAUAUAUCAUCAUACUUGCAUUAUUAAUGCGAUGUCAGUCCUGUUUUUUUCUUAAAAUAGGAAACAAACUUGUGAAUGGUCAUACAGUACACAUUUCUCUGCUCUUGUUACAUAUUUUGUUACAUGGUGUUCAUUCUCAAAAUAAUGGUUUAAUAAAAGGGUUUAGAAUGUUAAAA